AUAGCCAGGGACGGACAAUCAGCCCCUCCGAUACGUGGAGGGCAAGAUUCUGGGGCAGUGGGCGAGACACCGUAGAUAUACCAACUCCAACUCGCUCCCCUCCUCAGCCAGAGCCAGCCAUCGCAUUCUUCGGCAUGACUACCAAUAUGCCAAGCAGAGAAGACCAAGACAUCACGGGUCGCUCAGAGCAGACCCAAUCGCCUCCAGACUCAAACAAACCCAUCACCAUCCUGGUCUUGGGCGAGACUGGUGUGGGCAAGUCGACGCUCAUCAACGCCAUCGCCAACUAUCUGACCUACGAGAGCCUGGAGCAAGCCUCUGCAUCAGGGGGACCCGUCAACCUUGUUCCUGCUCAAUUUUCACUCGUCGAUCCGGAUACCUUCGAAGUUGUUGAUGUUAAAUCCACGACCCUGCAUUUGAGCAGCCCAGCACAGAACAUCAGCGACAACGAAAAGUAUGUCGAGGGUCAGUCCACGACCCAGUUCCCUCAGUCGUAUCUUUUCGACUUUGAGAAUGACGAUGAACAUCGGGUCAAGAUACGGGUGAUCGACACCCCAGGCAUGGGCGACACGAGAGGAAUCGCCCAGGACAAGAAGAACAUGACCAACAUUGUUGAUCAUAUCACCCGCAUCGGCGAAAUCCACGGAAUCGUCAUGAUAGUUCCGGCCUCCCAGCGCAAGUUGACGGUUUGGCUGAGAUUCUGCGUCUUGGAGCUCCUGCAGUACUUUGACCGAGAGGUGGUUGAAAACCUCGUCUUUGUCUUCACCAAGGCACGCUCGACGUUCUUCCAGAUGGGCGAGACCAAGACGGCUCUGCAGAGUCUGUUUGCGCAGAUCGAGACACAGUCUGGUGUCAAGAUACCAAUCGAUGACCACAAUUCAUUCUUGGUUGACAACGAGAGCUAUCGAUACCUUCUGGCCGAGCGUCAGAUGAUCGAAACUGAUGAAAACAUCCAAUUGUUGCAAUAUUCAUGGAGAAAGUCAUCGGUGGCCGUCCGUCAACUCAUGAAGCGGGUCCAAGAUAUGAAACCGCACGAUCUUCGACCGACUGCCAGGAUGAGAAAGCUGCGUUCGUGCCUUCAACAGCUGACACCAAAGCUCCUUGAGUUUCACCGAAUGAAGGCUGAGUUGCAAGCGGAAAUCGACCAGCUCGACAUCAAGAUUCAACAGAUAAGCAAGAAGGGUGCAAAAAUUGCUGACACAAGCCGAGAUAUCUAUGUGCCGAGCUACUACCCAAACGGGACAGAGAUCUGCGCCCAUCCUGAUUGUAUCACUGAAGUUCAAGUCAAUGGUAUUCGUCAUCGAAUUAGCCAACCCACCAAAGCAUUUCUUGAAAAUGUCAAUAAUUCCCAGUUCUCUGAUGGAGCCCAUCCGAGUUGUGGACACCCGAGUUCUUAUCGCGAAACUGUCAAAUUUGUUGUUGAUGUCAAGAAACCAAAGACCACGACAAUCGGACAGGUCAUUAUUGGUGGGAUAACAUAUCAAUUGCUCUCGGCAGCUGAGGAGUUGAGGCGACUCCGGGAAGAUUUAACUCGACUCACUGCCUCUGAGACCGAAGUGAUCAAAGAAGUGGCGGCCUGCAGUGUCUAUAUCCGCAAGCACUCCGUGGUGAUCAGAAACGAGACAUUCUUGGACAACGCCGACUUUGAAGAGAUCAAGCUGCAAGCAUACAAUCACGAAGUCGUGGACGAGCAGAAGCUGGAGAUAUUAGAUGUUAUGAAGGCUCGCUACGACUCAGUGAGAAUGAUGCUCGAAGGCGAUCAAUCCAACAGCGUAGAAGCAGAGAAGCUUGAGGAAAUCUUGGUUUGCAUCGAGUCGAAAUAUUGGCAGAGCGCCGAGUCGGAGAUGCAGGCUGAAGACUUGGAAUGGGUCCCACCCACCAUCGACUCGCAAAUGUCUAUCCAGUAGAAUGGCACUCCUUGGGAGAUGCUGAGCUGACGAUGUUCACUGUCACCAAUGGGACAUCUGCGAUGGCUGUCGGACAGUGAAACGAUCACCACGAGCGAGUCAAAUCGCAGAAUACAUC